AUGAUCGAGCGAGAAACCUCGUCACGAAAUCCCAGCCGUCUGCUACUCAUUAGGAAGGGAAGAGAAAGAAAUGUUAGAGAAACAUAUAGAGAUGAGCGAAAAGAAAGGGAGAAGAAGUGGGAGCAUUUUUCUAGCAGAAAACAGCACCACUCCUUUCGGUCUCUAGAAUCCGACCAUUACGCCGCCGCUUCUGCUAGGAUUCCGCUGCCGCAUCCUAUUCGACCGUUCUGA